AUGGCUUCAAUUCUGGUAUUGGUGGCUGCCGUUCUGAGCAUUUGUUCUCCAGUCCAAUCCUAUAAUUUCUUGGUGGUUUCCCCGAGCUUUGGCCACAGUCACUGCACUUUUCUGGGAAAAGUCGCCGAUUCACUGGCGGAGAGCGGUCAUAAUGUGGUGAGUGAUCGGUGGUUUGUACUGAAAUAUAUUAUUCUUCCCCUUUACAGACUCUCCUUUCCAUCCAGGUUACUUCCAAUUUUCGAAAUGUUUCGUACUCUAAAUCCGUCAAAGAUCUUGUUUACAUUGAGGUCAGUUAGUGGUGGUGCAAAAUGAGGCCAACGCAAAACAUUUCCAGACGACAGAGGAGAUUGAUAGAUUGGGGAAUCAGAUGGAGUCCGGGGACUUGUCCAGAUUCUGGAGCGAAGAAGGAAGCAUGCUCGAGACGAUUCCCAGCUACACUGGCUUCAUGUCUAUCUUCGACAAAGUCAUGGACAGUCAGUGCAAACUGAAUUUUAUCGGGAAACGUUUUGUGUGUUACAGAUCUUCGAGCAAACGUUCAUGUUCUUGAUGAAAUGCAAAAAACGCGUCCAAAGUUCGACGUGAUCGUCUUCGAAGGAUUCAUGUUCAUGGGGAAAGCGAUCCAAGACUACCUGGAAAUUCCCGUUUUCCUGCCGGUCGCUUCGGUUACUCACGACAACCGAAUCGCGGAGUUAUUAGGAGAACCCGUCAAUCCGAGCUAUCUAUCAGGUCAAUUCUAUAACUCCAAUCGUCCGUUUUCCGGUUCAACUGAAUCAUUGUAGGGUACUUCACAAACUUUGGGAAUGUGAUGAACUUCCAAGAGCGGGCCACCAAUACGAUUUCCUAUUUUCUCGGCAAGUGGAUACUUCAAUGGCCCGAGUGGUCAACUUUGCGGGAUCCGAAAAAGAUUAUGGAGAUUGAGGUAUAAGGAAAUGUUCGAAUUCCGUCCAAUGACCACUUUUUAGUCCGUCUAUCACAGUGCACCAUUCAUUUUCAUCAACUCCAAUCCCUACAUUGACUUCCCGCGUCCGAUGAUCACAAAAACUGUGCAAAUCGGUGGGAUCACUGUGGAUGUGAAUGAAUUGAGAAGCAAGAAAGUGGACGAGGUUGGACAUUUUGAAUCUCAAAGUGGGAAAUUGAAAUGAAAACAAGUUUAGAAAUGGAACGCAGUGCUGAACAAAAGACCUCAUUCCAUUCUGAUCUCGUUCGGUUCCAUGUUCCACUCGAUUUACAUGCCCGACAGUUACAAGUGAGAACGAAUUCAUUCACGACUCACUCGGAUUAUUCCAUUCCGAUUGUAGGGCGAAUUUCGUGCGAGUGAUGACGUCACUUCCGAAUGUCACGUUCAUUUGGAAGUAUGAGUCAGAAGACACUGGUUUUGCGGGCGGAGCAGACAACAUUGUGUUCAGCAAAUGGGUGCCUCAGAAGGCUUUGCUAGCGGAUUCACGACUGUCCGCUUUUCUCACUCACGGCGGACUCGGAAGUGUCAAUGAACUGAGCUACCUAGGAAAACCUGCUAUAUUGGUGGGUUUUCAUUUUCCCCUUCUUUUUUCCUCAUUCAUUCCAUUACUGUAGUGUCCCCUGUUCGCUGAUCAACUUCGGAAUGCGAAAAUGCUGACUCGACACAACGGAUCGAUCGAAAUAUCCAAAUUUGAUCUUCCGAAAUACGGCGCUCUCCGAACCGCCUUCCACAACAUUCUUUACGACGAGAGUUUCAAAGCGAACGCCGAAAAUCUGGCGAAGCGACUCGAAAACCAACCGAUGAAGCCGAAAGAACUUCUGGUCAGACACGCCGAGUUCGCAGCUCAGUGAGUGAAUUAUCGGAGGAGGUAUUUUAACAAUUAAAUGAUUCAGAUUCGGAGAGCAGCCGGGGCUGGACUGCAACAUCAGAAACAUGAGCUUCGUCGAGUACUUUUUGAUUGAUGUCGUCGCCUUGUUUGCCGCCGUCGGGCUCCUGAUCUUAGCAACUCUUUACUUUGUCCUCCUAAAGUUGACCAGCUCAAUUACAAAAGCAAAACUCGAAUAAUUGAUGUGUCACAACUCCUAACCAGUUUUAUCUUGUACGGGUUAUUAAAUUAUCAAUAAAAGAUCUUUACUCGUAGUCAUUCGAAUCGAGUCUGCUACAAAGUACCAAUUGAACCUUCACUUUUCCAUUACACUUUCCGUUCUUAUCAGCUUUCAAAUACGUACUUUAUAGUCGCCUUUAUCAACAAAAGACAGUUCACAACACGUUGUCUUUUUCCAUUUUCUUAUCAAUGUUCAAUACUGCUCUUCUUUUCUUUCCCUGCUCCACCCUGUAUCCUCUUUCAACUUCCUCGCUUUCUGUCCCUUGUUCGGUCAUAGUCACACUAUGUUCUCUGCAAAAACCGUCGAUUCACUGACAGACGGAGGUCACAAAGUGGUGAGAGAGUACACAUGUCUUGUUAUUGUCCCGCUACUUACAGACAUUCAUCACUCCCACUAUUAUUGAUUGAAAUGUUUCGCCCACGUUAAAUACACAAGAACUACGGAGGAUGUAGUGCAUUCGGAGGCGUUCGAGACGCUGAAAAAAUAUGUGUACAGUGUUGAAUGCUUGAUAAAAAGCAAUGCUCGUUUCUUUCAGAUCAGUCAUGUUAUCUGCUCUACAAGAAGUCGAUGGCAGAGGCGAUGAAGAACUUCCCCGAAGUCACGUUCAUUUGGAAGUACGAGACGGACGAUCCUCACGAGUUUGCGGAGCACACGCACGACAUUCACUUUUCCAAACGGGUCCCUCAAAUAUCACUUCUCGGUGAGCACUCACUUCUUUUCCGUAUUCAAUGAAUUCCGCAUUCCUGACGCACGCCGGUCUUCGAAGUGUCGAUGAAUUCGGAACUCAAAUGACUAGUCAACAGUCUGAAUUUUCAGUGCCUUCUGUUUGCCGAUCAAAUGAGAAACGCAAAAAUGUUGGCUCCGCACAAUGGCUCAAUUAAAUAGUCAAAGUUUAAUUUGGCUGUCACUUCCAGGAUCACAGAUGCUUUCAAGGAACUGCUGGUGAAACAUGCAGAGUUCGCGACGAGGUAUUCGAAGAAACAAUGAAGUUUUUGAUCUAAAAACUUGAUUACAGAUGUUUAGUUUCUCUUCUUGUCCAUUCGAUCAACAAUUGGGGAUUCGUGUUCUAUCGCCGCCGCUACAAACCACGGACUGUCCGUGUGCCAAUUGUAGCUGAACUGACAAAAGAGAUCAUAAAGAGAUGAUGAAAAACUGAAGAAAUAUCUUUCAUAAAGAAUGCCUUACAGGGAACGAUCACGUGUAGACGCAGAACUUGCCUCCGUAUGUGACCAAUUUGUGAUCGGAUUGUGGUCUUUGCCGAUAAAAUGAUAGUAUAUAAAUCACGGCCCAGGCAGACUUAUAACAAGAAUUAGUAAUGAGACCGAUUCUAGUGACUUUUCUCCUGAUCCAAACUGUUUUUUCGUUCAAUUAUCUCGUAUUCUGUCCAUUAUUCGGGCACAGUCACACUACUUACUUCGCUAAAAUCGCAGACACCCUUUCGGAUGCCGGGCAUAAUGUGGUUGGUAUCACAAAUUCUUCCACUUCAAUGCAUUUCCAUUUAUUCAGACAUUCUUCACACCGAUCAUCGUUAAGAAGUUUGCACGUGUUCAGUACGUAAAGUCAACGAAAGAUGUGAUUCAUUUGGAGCCAAGCAAGAAACUGGAGGAGUACGGAGCUUCGAUGGAAGACAAGGACUUUUCGAGAUUCUGGACGGACGAUUCCUCGAUCUCCGAAAUGCUCCCGGCUCUCCAACUCUUCCAUAAUAUGUACGCUGAGCAAGCGAAUGUGCUCAGAGACAAUUUGGAGUUACUCGAUGAACUCAAAGCAAGAAAGUUUGAUGCGAUGAUAUUCGAGAGCUUUGUGUUGUGUUCCUAUCGUAAGUGCAUUAAUAACAAAGUUGAGCUAACGCAGCUCCUUCCAGCUCUUCUCGAUUACCUUGAAAUCAAAACAUUCCUGCCUUCCAUCUCAGUUGUUUACGAUUUAAAGUUGUCAAGAUCAAUCGGUGAACCAGUGAUGCCGAGUGCCGUCUCACGUAAGGCCGAAUGGAUCAGAACUCUCUUAUUUUAUUAUUUCCAGUCCCCCUUUCGAAGUCAACUGAUAGAAUGAGUCUAUUCGAAAGACUCGUAAGCACUGUGACUCCUCCCAUCAUCGACUUCUUCCUCCCGAUGCAAGUGUUCACUUCCUUCCGUGCUCCUUUCGAACCCAUCGACAUUGCUUCCGUUGAGCCACAAUCCUCGUUCAUUUUCACAAAUUCGAAUCCGUUCAUCGAUUACCCGCGUCCAGUGAUCACCAAAAACGUGCAAAUCGGAGGGAUCUCUGUCGACAUGGAGCGUUUGAAAAAUCAGAAAGUGAACGAGGAAUGGGAUCGCAUUCUCUCUUUGAGACCCAAAACUGUGCUGGUCUCUUUUGGAUCGGUGAUGCUUUCCAAGGACAUGCCAAUGAAAUACAAGUGAGUGAGGAAAUGGAAUAUGCAGAACAAGCCGUCCGUUUCAGAUCGUCAUUGGUACGGGCUAUGCGCAAGUUUCCCGAGGUGACGUUCAUCUGGAAGUACGAGACGGAUGACACGGAGAGCUUUUCCGAACGAACCGCCAACAUUCACUUCUCCACAUGGGUUCCACAAACGGCUCUUCUUGGUUUGUGGCUGUUCGUUGUAAGUUUUAAAUCAAUCCGUUUUCAGCCGACUCUCGGCUCUCCGCAUUCUUCACACACGCUGGUCUUGGAAGUAUAAACGAAGUCAGCUAUCUUGGGAAGCCCACCAUUCUGGUAAAAACAUUUUCAAAGAGAGUUUAAAAAAGUUAGAAGAACAUUUAUAGUGUCCUAUUUUCGCCGACCAAAUGAGAAAUGCAAAAAUGUUAUCUCGACAUAACGGAUCCAUCGAGUUGUCCAAGUACGAUCUGGCGGAUCCGGACAGAAUCGAAGAAGCGCUGCGGACGAUUGUGUUUGAUGUUCAGUGAGUGAAACGGAAACGGAGAAACGGCAAAGUGAUAAAGUGACAGUGUUUAGGUACAAACAAGCAGCUGAAAAUCUAGCCCAUCAACUGGCGAAUCAGCCUACGAAACCCAAAGAUCUCUUGUUGAAACAUGCCGAGUUUGCCGCUCAGUAAGUGUCCGUUUCGAUUCAUCGCUUCCAAUCGUAACUUUUCAGAUUCGGACGUCUUCCGUCUCUGGACCCUUAUUCCCGCCAAAUGUCGUUCGUCGAGUACUUCCUUAUUGACGUGGCAGCCAUCGUCGUCGCUUCCGUUCUACUGGUCCUUUUCGUUCUUUACCGACUAUCGAGGCUGCUGAUCAGUUGUCUCCCAUUCACGUUUUCGGCCGUAAAACACAAAACGAAUUGAAUCAACUACAAUUCGCACAGUCUGUUUUGUCGGGGGUUUUCUGAUGACGGGUCAAUAAAGAGUAGUCUGUUGUGACUGUCUUAUCAUUUUCGUUUUUUCAUCGUCAUGAAGUUGACAUGUUUGGUUUUUCUUCUCGCCAGUUCCGCGUAUUCCUACAACUUUCUAGUUUUCUGUCCCUUAUUUGGUCACAGUCAUACUACUUUUCUGGGAAGGAUUGCCGAUAUUCUCACUGAGGCCGGGCAUAAUGUGGUAAGACUUGGGCUGCAAAAAAAACUGAAAAAGUGAACGGAUCGAAUCAUUCAGACGCUAUUCACUCCAACUAUUGUCACCGAAUUCCGCAACUUUACAUACACAAAACUAACAGAGGAUGUUGUUCAUUUGGAUGUGAGUCUCACUGAAAUUAGGUUGUUUUGAGUGCACUUUCGAACGUUUUCCAGCCGAGCCCGAAACUGAAGGCCAUCGGAGACCUGAUCGCCGGCAACAAACGGUGGUGGAAUCAAGAGUUCUCCGUGUUCGAAGUGCCUCAAACUGCCGACUUCUUCCAAUCUGUCAACCAGGAACAGCACGCUGUUCUCGCGGUGAAUCUUCCGAUUUUGGAUGAGCUCAAGAAAAGAAAGUUUGACGUGAUGCUUUUUGAAAGUAUGUUCGCUUGUGCAUUCCGUAAGUUGUCUUCUGUAUUCUCUAAUCGAAUGGUAUCCUUCCAGCAUUAAUGGAGUAUCUGGAAAUCAAAACAUUCUCCAUCGCAGGAUCCAUUUCGUACGACUCGAUGACUGCUUCAGCGAUGGGAGAACCGACGACGCCGAGUUUCAUUCCAAGUGAGUGAGCGCAUCAGACGUCAGUGACGCUCCAUUCAGAUCUGAUGGCACAGUCCUCCGACCGAAUGAGUUUAUACGAGAGAUUCAUGAAUGCUCUGAUCGGCCUCUCCACUGACAUCUUCUCGUUGGUUCCAAAUCAUUUUUCAGAUUAUAAAGACUCAACAAAGAAGAUUUAUCCAUCUGUAAUUGGGCGGGAUGCCGACUUUUACCUAAACAAACAUUUUCAGCAAAGGAUGCCACAUUCCUCCUUCUUCUUCAUGAACUCGAAUCCAUAUCUGGACUUCACACGACCGACACUCUCGAAAAACAUUCAAAUCGGAGGAAUUUCUGUUGAUUUGAAGAGCUUGAAAAGCGGAAAAGUGGAGGAACAGUGGGAUAAAGUGCUCAAUGAAAGGGAGAAGACAAUGUUGAUCUCUUUCGGAUCCGUCAUUCUUUCGAAAGAUAUGCCGAUGGACAAAAAGUGAGAGUGAUGGUGUCAAUAACCUGUGAAACUGGUGUGUUGGCUUCAGAGUUGCAAUGGCAAAAGCCAUGAGCAAGUUCCCACAAGUGACAUUCAUUUGGAAGUAUGAGGCAGAUGACGUGGAUAGUUUCGCAAAGGGAAUUCAGAAUAUUCACUUUGCCAAGUGGAUUCCACAGCGAGAAGUUUUAGGUGAGAACGUUAGUUAUGAGCUUUCAACGAACCGUCCACUAUUUUCAGCCGACGCGCGUCUGUCCGCGUUUAUGACCCACGGAGGGCUCGGAAGUAUCAACGAGGUCAGUUAUUUGGGAAAACCGACUAUUACGGUAAGAAAUGUAGACGAGACAUUGAUUUAGCAUUCAUUUUUCCAAUUUUCAGUGUCCAAUAUUCGCAGAUCAGAUGCGGAAUGCAAAAAUGUUGGCAAGACACAACGGGUCGAUCGAAAUAACAAAGUACAAACUAUCGGAUCCGAUUGAGAUCGAGCAAGUGUUCCAAAAGAUUCUGUACGAUGAAAGGUAAUGGGUAUUGGUGUGAUGAACUCUUGGAGAGAUUGAAUGUUUUUAGUUACGCACUGAAUGCGAAACGGCUUGCUGAUCACUUGGAAUUCCAGCCGUUCCAUCCGAAAGAGUUGUUUUUGAAGCAUGCAGAAUUCGCAGCCAGGUACUUACGAAACUCUUGUUACCAAUAGAACAAUCUUUUUUAGAUUCGGCCGUCUUCCAUCUCUGGAUCCUUACUCUCGUCAGAUGACUUUCAUUGAAUUCUACCUUCUUGACGUGCUCGCAAUCGUUCUCACCGUCGUUCUCUCAAUCGUUCUGUCGCUGAUCUAUGCAUUUAAACUGAUAACUGGAGCUCUGAAUAGAAAACAGAAAAAUGAAUAA